CCUAGAAAGAAUAUCCCUCCAGCCUCGUACAUAACCCCCCCAAUUCCCAUCGUCUCCGCCUGCGAACAAAGCAUCAUCGAUCCCCGCCGCCAUCCAUCCGAUCAACCACCUUCCACUGCAGCCGCCAAAGCGCUUGCUAAUGGAAACGCCAUUCAGAUGAGCCAGCACAGCCCGUGGGGAUUGCCAAGAAGACACCCUCAGAACACCUCCAACACCUCGUCCACACGCCUCACACCUCUCUCCACCACCUUUGCUGUCGACCAGGACCGCAACACGCCCUCGCCCAGUGGAACGCGCCCGGCUUUCUCCCCUGCCACCUCCAGCUUCCCCUCGCUGCCGCCUCCCUCGACGGCGCCGUCGGCAGCUGCUACCACCUCCACUUCCGCCGCAACUGCAAGACACGGUCUCAUUGGCAGCAGUCGCAAGUCGUCGGCGGCAUCCUCGACGUCGUCGCUUUUCUCGCCCGCCCCUUCUGGACAGCAGCCCCCCACCCAGCUGCUGUCCUCCCGCGCCAGAAACAUAGCGCCCUCAUCUGCCUCGCAGCAGGCUUCCUCCGCCGCAACAGCCGCUUUGCAGGGGAGUGGUGGGACGUCCAGCGGCGGAGGGGCCUCCAGGCUUGUCCGCGCUUCACCUUCACUCUCCAUCUCGAGCACCGUGGGCUCUCCCAUCUCCUCUAACCCCCAGAGCGCCUCCGCGCCCAAACAACAGAAACAGGAUCUUUCGCGCAUCGUCGUCGCUCAGGUCUUCCUGCUGCUCAGCCAGUUGAGUCCCGUCAAGGACGAUAAGGACCGCGCUAAGUGGAACGCUCAAGCAGAGCAGAUUCGAAAGCUUAUCGACUCCAACGGCAUGGAGGUCUUUGCAAAGUCCUUCCGUCGCCUGCUGCAAAACAAUGCCGCCCACAUAUUUUCGUCGGGGGAGCGCAGUGGAAGCUAUGCCCUGCUUGUCGAGGAAAUGCAGAAGCUACGGACCGAUCCCGACCAGGCGCAGAAGAUAGCCGAGUCGAUUGACUCGUCCGAAGGUGAUUUGUUUCGCGACUUUGAUCUCGCAGCACUGGUCUCUCACUUCCAACUGGAUCCUUUCGCAAAGGCCAUGCUGGCUGCCACAUGCAGAUUAGGCAGUAACGCCGAUCUUCGAGCAAAAGCCGAUGCUGUCUUAUCAGCCACAAUCGACGAGCUCCUGCCCGCCAUUGCCCAACCAGAGCACUCGAAUAGUGAGAACAUCACCUCCAAUUACCUCGCUGCCUUGACCGAACGCGUCUUCCGAAACCCCCCGCAGGAUAUGACCGAGGAGAGAAAAGCCAACUGGGCGUAUGCAAUCCGGAUGCGUUACCAGACUUUGCGCACCAGUGUACCUGCUGAGCUUGAAUCUGUGCUGCAGCUUAUCGAUCUCACCAACGGCUCACAAAAUCCUCUGAUGAGGCUGGUACAACAAGCUGGCCCACGCGGCACGGAGACCGUGGAAGCAAGCAAAGAGAUGCUUGCAUCGGUCGGUACGCGCGACAUAAGCUACCAGCACGUCGCAACUACCCUUCUGUUUCUUGUCAUAUCUUCAGGAUACAAUGCCAAGAAUUUUGUCGCGGCUCUGCGGGAACACGGGGCUGGGCAGCACUUGGACUGGCAGGACGUUGUACAUGCCUUUGAUCGCGAAGGUUUGCAAGUUACGAAGCCUCAAUUCUUGGCCUUGUUCCAUGCUCUGCUGCCAAUUGCGCAAAGCGACGAUAAAUUCGACAUCCAAUUACUAUGGGGCGGUUCGUGGUCCAGCGGAUUGACACAGUUAUCAUUCCUUACCCGCUUCCUCUCAUGCACGCCGACGGAGCUUGAUGUUUCUCAGAUCCCACGUCUCCGCGCAUCAUUCUCCAUGAAGACAUUCGAGAACGCACCGGAGGAUGUCAAGACAAUCGCAGCGCAAGCUGUCAAACAUCCUUACGUUUCCUUGGACGCUACCCGCGCGUUAUUCGGCAUGAUUUUUCAGUCUUCCGAGUCGUAUCAUACUGCUCAACUGUAUGGUAUUCCCGAUACCGUGAUUAACCCUUUUACGUCCGAAUUCCUCACUGCCGCAGCCGCAGUACCCAAACCGUGGGGAGCUUUGCAAGAGCAGGCUCUCAAGCAGUUGUUUAGCCCAUACUAUUACAAGAAAUUGCACAACUACAACUUCGUUCUCUACGGUCUGUGGCAGCAGGACACUCAAUGGCUGGUUGAUCGUUUUGUGGACUUCUACAAUGCCGACCCGAUGUCGCUGACACUGACCCUGGAGCAUGCUCAGAAUUUCGGCUGGCUGGACGCUUUGAUCCGAAGUAAUACGGACAUCAGUCUCGAUCUUGCUGCACAAGCACACGCCCGUGGACUUUUCGAGAUCGAACCUUGGCUGCAACGAACUUUUGAACAAGCAGGUCCCCUAUUCAGGCGAAUCCUCACAAACUUUCUGGGCGCGAGGGCUUCGGAUGAGAUGCAGCGCGCCCGUGAGGAACACAACCUUAUCAGCAUGCCACUUGCGGUCAAAACAGUAUACCCAUUGCUAUGGUUUCUUGCCGAGUGCGAUCUUCCCGAACAGGAGCUUCUCCCUUUACAGCGCAACUGUAUUCAGGCCUACCCUCGCUUAGUCAAUUAUGGGGAAGGUGUGGACGACAUCAUUGAUGCCAACGGUCAGAACGGCAACGCUUUGCCCGAGGAAGCCGACAAGGAAAUGCAAGAGCACUUCAAGAAGAUGUACAGCGACAAGAGCGAUGUGCGUGAAAUCAUCACUACUUUACGAGGCUACAAGGAAUCGCGUGAUCCUUUCCAGCAGGAUCUGUUUGCUUGCAUGAUCCAUGGACUCUUUGACGAAUACAAUUGUUUUGGGGAAUAUCCUGUGGAAGCAUUGGCUACCACGGCUGUUCUGUUUGGCAGUAUCAUCAACUAUAACUUGCUUUCGCGCAUCGCUCUCCAAGUCGGCCUGGCGAUGGUGCUGGAGUCAGUCCAGGAGUUCCGACCGGAAGAGUCCAUGUACAAGUUCGGCUUGCAAGCUCUUCUCAACUUCAAAGAUCGUCUAGAUGAGUGGCCCAACUAUUGCGAUCAACUUCUGAUGAUCCCCGGUCUUCAGCAAUCCGAGAUUUAUCCUAUUGCCCAGCGAGUCGUCCAUGCUCAGGUCGGGGAAGUGAAUGGAGAAGGUCAGAACGGAGUAGGACUGACAAACGGAAAUGCAGCGAACGAACAGCUUCAGAUUGAAUCUGUCGUGCCCAAAUUCAACUGCCUUCAUUUGGAACCUCCUUUGCGCCCGGACUUCUAUGAAGACCCCGACGAGGAGAUACAAGACAAGGUUUUGUUCGUCCUCAACAACCUAUCCAGCAACAACCUACAGAAUAAAAUGCACGACCUCACCAAAGCCGUUGAAGAUAGACAUCAUCAAUGGUUCGCAAACUACUUGGUGGAGGAGCGAGCCAAGAUGCAGCCCAACUUCCAGAAGGUGUAUCUCGAUAUGCUAGAUCUCUUCAACGACAAGUUGUUGUGGAGCGAGGUCCUGCGAGAAACAUAUGUUGUUGUCUUCCGCAUCCUCAAUAGCGAUGGGGCUCUUGGAUCUGUCGAGCGCGGUUAUCUUAAAAAUCUCGGUGCCUGGUUGGGUUCUCUCACUAUCGCGAGGAAUCACCCAAUCAAGUUCCGCAACAUCUCGUUCAAGGAUUUACUGAUUGAGGGAUACGACACCGAUCGAAUUGUCAUGGUCAUUACCUUCACCUGCAAAGUUUUGGCAGAAGCUGUCAAAUCUACCAUCUUCCGACCUCCCAACCCAUGGUUGAUGGAAAUCUUAUCCGUUCUCAAGGAGCUGUAUGAUUUCGCUGAUCUGAAGCUGAACCAAAAAUUCGAGAUUGAAGUUCUAUGCAAAGCAUUGGAUCUUGAUCACAAAACACUCGAAGCAUCUACUUGCAUCCGAGCUAGGCCAGCUGCAGAUGAUGAUUAUCUCGGACACAUGCCUCCGGACCCGUCGCUGGAGCCUUUUGGUGAAGUUGGUGGUAUCAUGAGCCUCAAUCGCGCCCGAGGACCCAGCGAGAGGUUUUCAUCUGCCACUAUUACUGCCGCUUUGCCCGAUUUCACCUCUCAGUUGCAAUAUCCUCCCUCUGGUAACAAUGCUGUGCCUGUCGCAACUCUACAGAAGAUCUUCCUGAGCGCGGUACAGCAGGCUAUACAGGAAAUAAUUGCGCCAGUUGUCGAGCGAUCCGUCACUAUCGCUGCCAUUUCAACCUCUCAACUUAUCAGCAAGGACUUCGCAAUGGAACCUGACGAGGAGAAGCUGCGUAAAGCCGCACAUACGGUCGUACAAGCCCUAUCGGGUGCAUUGGCUCUUGUCACCUGCAAAGAGCCGCUGCGCAUGAGCAUCCAAAACAACAUCCGCAGCAUGUCCCGUGAAAUGACCCUACCCGACGGUGCUUUGCCUGAAGGCCACGUGCUCAUGUUUGUCAACGACAAUCUCGAUCUCGUCUGUAGCACUGUCGAGAAAGCCGCCGAAGUCUCAUCUCUCCAGGAAAUUGAUACGCAAAUCGAAGAUGCCGUGCGAGCUCGACGUGUCUUCCGUCAAACACGUCCCAAUGAACCGUUCAAGGAUGCUGCCAUCAGCCCAUGGGCGUUCUAUAUUCCUGAACCGUACAAGCAAGUCGCUGGCGGAUUGAACUCUCACCAGCUAGCGAUCUACGACGAUUUCGGUCGACAAUCCCGAACCGCUCCAAUCGCAAACGUUCCAUCCCAGGACAGUGGACGACAACUUCCUGACGUUUUGCAAGAUCAAUUCGCCGCUGUUCCCAGCAUGCCAACGCCUGCGGCAGCCCCCGCCGAACCGCGCCAGGCUCCUCAGCAAUCUCGCCUGCAGAAUCCUCAAGUACCCCACGCGGCAACCCAGCAGCAGCUAAACGGAUAUCUCGAGCAUCAAGGGCCCGAGCGCGGUCAACGUAACGCCGAGGAUCUUCUUGGAGAUUUAAUGCGGAUGGUCAAGGAAGCCCCUGAAGAACGAAUUAGCGAGGUGCAGCCAAGUAACCCGAUUCAUCAUCUCUUUGAGCAACUCAUCACUGGUAUCGAAUUCGCAGGACCCAAUAAAGAGCAAUGGGCGUUCCGUGUUGCCGGACAAGUUACCAACCUCCUGUUCGCAGAUGAUGCGGGUCGUUUGGAGGUCGAAACACUGGCCCAUUUGAUGAGCAAUCUUUGCCAACUUUCAUCGCAGACGUCUAGGCAGGUUCUGAUGUGGCUCGCAACCCUCCAUGAUGAUGAUAGAAUCUUCAACACACCUGUCAUGGUGGCUCUCAUGGAAGUCGGUUUGAUGGAUAUGCAGCGUGUCAACUCCACAAUUGCGAAAGCCAUACAGGAUCGUCGGCUCCCAGCUGUUCAAAUGCUGGACAGCCUUCUAGACGAGACUUUGCUCGGCGAACACCCCAGUGCUUUCCGCGCUGACUUUGCACUUUCCAUCGACGCACUCACUCAAUGGUUGGUCGAAGACCCCGAUUUGGAGAUUGGAAAAUCAAUGAUCAACAAACUUCAAGUCCAGCCGAUUGAGGAUGCUUUAACGCCACCUUCUUCUAGCCACAAAGAUCAGUUCGAGUACAUCUUUGAUGAGUGGGUUCAUCUCCAGAAUCCCGAUACGCCAAAGAAAGCCAUUGCCGCUUUCAUGUAUCAACUGGACAAGGACAAUGUGAUGAGGACUCAGGCAGACUCUAUCCACUUCAUGCGAACAUGCAUUGAUUCCGCCAUUGCUUCAUAUGAACGCGAGCAGGCGCUUCCAUAUGGCACGAACAGCCCGGAUAUGGCCACUAUCAAGAUCGAUGCUUUGGGUAGACUCAUCGUCGAUCUGGUUGUCUAUCGGGGCGAAAAGAACGGAGCUGUGCAGGAGACCAAGGCCACUUAUUUCGACCAAAUCCUGACUGUAGUCAUCCUCGUUCUCAUGAAUCAUGCAAACACCCGCAAAGAUUUGUUUUGUCAGAAAGGAUUCUCGCGACUGUUCUCUACAGUCUUGUUCCACCUCAACGACGUCGUCAAGGACGAUACUUUCGCUUCCUUGAAAGCUGACAUGUUCCUCGCUAUUGCACGAGCUUUCCUGGCAUUACAGCCGCACAACUUCCCGCUGUUUGCCUUUUCGUGGUUGCACAUGAUCGCUCACCGGAUCUUCAUUCCCGCAAUGUUGGAAAGUGGCAAGGAUGAGCGGUGGGACGUAUAUGCCAAGCUGAUGGAAACACUCUUGCGAUAUACCGGGCAGUUGAUCAAGCCUACGGGGGAGGCAAUGGCCGCUCAACAGUUCUACCGUGGAGUCUUGAGGGUUCUACUUGUCAUUCACCAUGACUAUCCCGAGUUCCUCGCCGAGAAUCACUUCCGUUUCUGCAACAGCAUUCCCAUGCAUUGCACACAACUCCGCAAUCUGGUCGUCAGUGCUUAUCCCUCCAACAUUCUCGAGAUGCCUGAUCCUUUCACGGCGGGACUGAAGGUUGAACGCAUCGAAGACAGUCACCAGGGUCCUAUCAUUCGUGCUGACAUUGACGAGAUUCUUCGUCAAGCUGGCAUCAAGGAGACUCUUGAUGGACUUUUGAAAGCAUCUGAGCCAAAAGAGGCAGAGAUGACGAAGCUUAGCAAUUCCGUGUAUUAUGCUGAGCCCAGGCCUGCAGGCUUUGAACUCAUUACCACGACGGCUGACCCGACUCUCAUACACGCAAUUGUUCUUCACAUUGGCGCUACUGCUCUUGCUUCUGAGAGCUCCAAAGGGCAUGCGUUCGAUGGCAGCUCUCCUGCUGCCAAAUUGAUGGAGAGACUGGUGCGACAACUGCGGCCAGAAGCGAAGUUCCACUUCAUCAGUGCUAUUGCUAACCAGCUGCGCUGGCCCAAUUCACACACGCAGUACUUCAGCUAUGCGUUACUCCAUUUGUUUGGACCGCCAAACAACGACUCCUUUGUCCUGGAUGUUCAACAAACCAUCACACGCGUCUUGCUCGAGCGACUGUUGGUACAUAGACCACAUCCAUGGGGCCUUAUCAUCACCCUUCUGGAGAUUCUCAAAAAUCGCACGUAUGCAUUCUGGGACCUGCCUUUCGUCAAAGCUGCACCCGAGGUUGAACGUCUAUUCAACGCUCUCUUUACCCAUGCGCAGCAGAGCCCGAGGUCUCUCGCAUAA